AUGUGGAUAAUUUUGUCGCUCACCAAAGCAAUUUAUCCACAUCUAGUUGGUCACACUACUGCAAAAGUUGCUUGUGAUGCAUUAGCACAAUUAUUUGCAUCUCGUGCCAAAUCACGAAUUCUUGAAUUACACGCAAAGCUUCAUAACACAAGACGUGGAUCUACAUCUAUUCAGGAACUUGUGCAAAACAUCAACAUGAUUACAGACGAGUUAGUCAUCGCUGGACAACUGAUUAAUGAACAGGAGCUGAUUAUUAUCAUCUUGAGAGGACUAGGUCCUCAAUAUGCAGAAUUCACUACAAGAAUCACUACAAGAAUAGAUCUACUCACUCUAGAAGAUGUUCUUGCACAUUUGACCACUCAUGAAGUAAUCUUUGACUUCCACAAUGUCCAAGAUAAUCAAGAUCCAACACUCUAUCCUUCAGCCAAUUAUGCCCAAACCUUUACAACUAGAGGACCUAGGCAUGGAUGCUAUCAAAGUGAUGGCUGA